AUGACCUCAACUCCUACGAUUCCGGAGCCUGAAGUAUCUGAAGUGACCAUGCACACCGUCUGUGAUGAAACUAUGACAACGUAUUACAAUCCUGUACCCGGGAUAAACACAAUCCUUUCCUGCGCUGAGGGAAAAGUCCAAAUUGACAAUGGGCCUACACCAACGUUGACGUUAAACGUGCGUCAGAAGAUGGAUCAGAUCAGGCAGAUGUUCUUCGAGGGCGAGAGUGAACAGCAGCUUAGCGUCAGUAUGGGAUCAAUGAGUACUGAGGUCAAGGACUCGCCGCCUUUGCCCAGGCCGCAGGCUCCCCUCCACAUCCAUAAAGACGCCCCCGAGGAAGCACCUCCGAUCUGCAAAGGCGGCCUUCAAAUUCUCCGGGACGAGCCCUCUGCGCCUGUUUUUGUUCAGCCUGAGAAACCAAAGGGUCUGAAAAUUCACAAGGACCCUGAGUUAAUUGCAGUUAGAGGGGAUGGCGGGGAUAUUCCACGUCAACCGUUGCGGACCGUGGCACAGAUUCCCGCCCCUUUUGCGCCAGCUGAACAAAGCGAAGCGUCUCUCGCGAAUUCACCAUUGUCUGGAGGCCCAAAAGGCGACGACUCAGUGGUCCCAACUUUCACGCUUCCACUUGUUUUCGAUCCGACGUGCGCAUCCACGGCCGUCUUCGCAAGGCCUCCAGGCAAAUCGUCUGUUCCACCACACCAGGACUGUCCACAAGUCCAAGAGACGGCGGACAGUGAUGUGGAGGUUAGAAGUCCAUCGCCGCAGCCACUUAGUCCAGAUGCGCCAUUGGAGGACGUCUUUAAUCGAUUCGUCCACAGUCCCGACCAGAGUGGGCGGCUCCGAAUCGACGCGACGAAGUUUAUUGAUGCCUUCCUCACCAAAAAGGCCACCAGAGCCCUGGGCACAGAGAACCAGCGGCCUCCGCCCUUCUAA